ACGCUUGCGACUGCUUUCCAGCAAUAUAAAAGGAGGCAGCAACUCUACCACAUUCAGUUAGAAGACGACCGUCAAAGGAGCACUUCUACUACAUGACGAAGGAAGAAAUCCAUAUAAAAAGGGAUACUGUGACUAUGCAUAACGGGUGUCUACUGCUUCUUGCCUUUGUCGCGGUAUUCCAGCCGAUUGCUUCGUACACUGAGCGCGGUCUCGUUAAUGGAAGGCAGGAACGCUGUGACUAUCGGACAUCGGUGCGCGACCCGGGACUCAACUUUCAUGGAACUUACCGCUUUAACAAACCUGCCGUGGAAGAUCGUCGCCUAAACCAGAGGGAAGAUAUUCGUAAGCUUCGCCGAAAUGAAGUGAAGGAAGAAACUCUUCGCAUCGCUUCAUCUUCAGACAGGCGGCUUGCUGAUAAUGUGGACAGGGCGAGGAACUCGGUGACAAGGGAUCGCAUUGGUAAUGACGCCGUCCUGAGGCGUGAAACACGUGAUACACCACCCGUUUCCAGCCACCGUGACGAACGGAAACAAGAAAUCCGACGUGGACGCAUUUCAAGACUGCAGGAAACCCAUGAAGCUCGCUUCCCUAGCCGUCGAGAGAACAGCAGGUUGUCUGUAAAUGAAAACCGUUCUCGAAGAAUUGAUAACAGGCGCUUCAAUGAAAGGGUUUCAGUGGAAUCUCGACGCGUAAAUGAAUACAAUGCAUACUCUCAAAUGGUUCGAAAACAGCGAGAGGUACGUGUUGAUACCGACCGAGCGAGAGACGGAGCACGCAGACUGAAUGAACGUCGUAUUUCGAGAGAGGCUAUUGAAAAGAUGGACUCCCUGCGUUUUGUAUCCCGAAUUCCUAGCCGCGAAAUUACUAGCCGACGAUUCCGCGGGGAAAUGCGAAGCUCAUCAACGGCAAGUGAUAGAGUCAAUCAUGCUUACACCAAUGAAGCCUUGAGAUUAGCUAGAGAAGAUCGGCAGACUAGCAAUUCGCAGCGAAUCGUAAACGAACAAAAGCAACGUGAUCCUCGAAUCAGACUUGUAGACGAGCGAAGAAAUAGCCGGGAUCAUGACAGCCGAUCUGUCCGAGCUUUUGAUCCUAUCUCUAUCUCCGAAAACCGCAGAACUGCUCAACGAGUUGAAUCUGCCUACCGCCAAAGGGAAAUCCGAGAUACCGAAAAUGAAGCUGGGCCGGCGAGAGCAGCACGAACCCGAGGUGAUCGAGAAAAUAGAGUUUUAGUAAACCGAAAUGACAACCGUAAUGUUGAGACAGGACGUCGACAAAUUAUUAAUGCCGAAAAAAAUGUCCGUGAAUUUGAGUUAAAAGCCAAACGCACAGAAACCUGUGUGCACGAUCGAGAACUAUCGAGUGACCAGAGAAUGGCUCGAAUGAUGACAAGGGAGCGAUUACAGGAAACUCGACGAUUUACUCCCAAUGUUCGAUCCCAAACUGACAGAACUGAACGACUUGACGAGGACCGACGUUCGAUUGCUCAUAACUUUGGAGUCAGCGCUUUUAGAACCGAGCGGUCUGACGAGAGUGGGCGAGAUGCUCGAAAUAUUGAGGUCCGAGAAAUCAGGAAUGAACGUGCUAUUAGAAGCCAGCGAGAUUCUCGCUCCUUCGGAAUACGAUCAUCCAGAACUGAACGCUCUGAAACCAGCACUGAGCGCAAUGAGGAAAGUCGACGUGAAGCUCGAACUGUUGGCGUCCGAGGUGAACGAACAGAACGCGUUGAAAAAUAUCGUAGAGAUGCACGCGGCAUUGGAGCCCGAUCAUUCAGGAGUGAAAGGACUGAGCAAGAACGACGAGAUGCUCGAAAUAUUAUUUCUCAACGAGGUGAACGCAAUGAGGACAAUCGUCGUCACGCUGGCAAUUCUGACCUUCGAGCAUUCAGGACAGAACGCACUGACGAGAGGCGAAGUGACGCUCGCAUUGUAGGAGCACGAUUGUUCAGGUCUGAACGCACUGACGAGAGGCGAAGUGACGCUCGCAUUGCAGGAGCACGAUUGUUCAGAUCUGAACGCACGGUCGAAAGCCGACAAGACGCUCGGGAAUUUGGAAUUCGAGCAUUCAGGUCUGAGCGCGCUGACGAGAGCCGGAGAAAUGCUCGAAGCGUUGACAUUCAAGCAGAUGGUCGAAUCAAUGGAAUGUCUGCAUUGAGGACCGAACGAGCUGAUAGCCGUCAACAAAGGCGAAAUAUUGAAGAUAUUCGAGCUUUUGAAAGCGCUACUUAUCGUCGAGACACUCAGGGACUUAGACAGUCUCGAUCACUAGACCGUGUCACUGAAUCCCGUCGGGAUCGUCGAAAUACCGACAGAGAUGCUCGCGUCCAAGAAAGGACACUUGAAAGCCGUCGCAUGGUUCGAAAUCGUGCAUCUCGAGCUGAAGAUGAACGAGUUAAUAACCGUAGAGCAACUCGUAGCGUAGAAAGAGAAAUUCGAUCAAUGGGACGUGAGAGGUCUAUGGAAAGCCGCUUGAACCGAGAUUCCAGAAUGUCCACGCCUGAUCGCCGAUCAGAAGAAACGAGACGCGAACCUACUCGUGCGAUUGAACGUCUCGACAAGCUUGACGCGCUCGAUAGCAGGCGCAUCACCCUUCAGCGAGACUCGCGAAGAGAUACACAAAAAACAGACAGAGACAGCCUGUCAAAGUCGAUCAGACAACGUCAUAUUGAAGCAGAGUCUCGAACUAACUUCGAUACCGAGUUUGCCAGGAAGCGAGAAGUCCAGGCCAUGUUCAGGAGCGCCAAAAUCGAGAAUGAGCCCACUAUGAUGAACUGGCAGUACCUUUUCUAUACCUUGCAAGGACUUUACAUUUGCGGACUGCUGAUUCAGUUGAACAAAGGAAACGUUGAAAAGAAAGCCAGGGUAUCCUGGUGGCCAGCACCUCAGCAUCUCAUCAAAGUGGAUUAAACACAAAGUGAAAAAUAUAUUUAGUAGCUGUAGAGGAUAGUAUCAGAAUAUGAUUAAAAUGUAGUUCCUAGAAAAAAGGUAGUUGUGAAUCGGUGUACUUGCAAACAUAUGAUGUAGAGAAAUAUAAUAUAUUAUCCGUUAUUAAAUAAUAUUUAUUUAUUUGGGUACCUGAAAAUGUUCUUUUUUGCUCCCCACUGAAUAAUUUAAGUUCAACAUUUUUUUACAAUUAAUGAAAAUGAAAAAUGAAAUUAUAGAUUACAUUAGAUUAUAUCACCUCAUUCAAGUGAUAAAUGAAUUCAAGUAAAUGAUAAAGAUGUGGUGGUCUAGUUUUUAAAGGCAUAUACGCUCAGAAACAUCCACUUUGUCAAUAGACAAAAGCGGUAAAUCUCAAAAAUGUAAGGUGAAAAAGUCGACUUAACAAAGACAUUUUAAUGCUAUAAUAAAAUAGGAGUGG